AAAUGUGCGAAUAUCGCACGUCCAACGUCAAGCCAACUUUAUGGCAGUGUGUGGUAAACCAGGGAAUGUGUAGCUAGCUUGAGGAGUUAUCAGCUUUAAUAUCCUCGACCUUCGGGUGCCUGGUUUAGGCAAGGAGCCUUUUCUACCCAAUUCUUACUUGUAAUUGAAAAUGUCCGUGUUCUCGGAGCCUGCUUUGGAGAAGAAAUUAUCAGAACUGAGUAACUCCCAGCAGAGCGUGCAGACCCUUUCACUGUGGCUCAUCCACCACAGAAAACACUCCAAAACCAUCGUCAAAGUCUGGUAUAACGAGCUGAAGAAAGCCCAAGUGUCCCGUAAGCUGACCUUCCUGUAUCUUGCAAAUGAUGUCAUACAGAAUAGCAAGAGGAAAGGACCAGAGUUCACACAAGAUUUUUCCCCAGUUAUUGUUGAUGCUUUUAAACAUGUCUCCAGUGAAGGAGACGAGAGCUGUAAGAAACAGUUAGGUAGAGUUUUGUCCAUCUGGCAGGAAAGAGCCGUCUAUGAGAAUGACAUACUGGACAAACUCUCUGAUGUCCUGCAGGUAGAAAAGAAGGCCAAGAAAAGGCCUUAUGAAGAGAUUAAGGUGAACGAUGAUGACUUUGCCUCCCAAAGCUCCCCUGCUGAACCUCCACAGACUGCAGAUCUGAUCCGAGCACUACAGGAGCUUGAGAACGCAGCCUCCAGUGACGCAGCUCUCCGCCAGAGGAUCUCUGCUCUACCCCCAGAGGUGCAGGACACCUCCCUUUUGCACAGAGUUACAGGAAGGAAAACUAAAACCAUGGUCAAAAAUGAUCCAGAAAAGAUCCGUUUUGCCUUGGACAACGGCGCAAAAAUGUACACCAUCACGUCGGAAAGUAUGUCCUCAGGUGAGAUGAAGGAUAGUAAGCACUGUCACGAUAACAGCCGUGCCCUGGAGGACCGAGAGCGUGAAAAAAAGCUUGCCAAGAAACGCCUAUACAUUGUUUCAGUAGUGUGUCUGGUCUUCAUGGUGGGCGAGAUCUUAGGUGGGUAUUUUGCUGGGAGUCUGGCAGUGAUGACAGAUGCCGCACACCUGCUCGUGGACCUCACCAGCUUCAUCAUCAGUUUGUGCUCGUUGUGGCUGUCGUCCAGACCUGCUACACGCACUCUCAAUUAUGGCUGGCAUCGAGCAGAAAUCUUGGGUGCUCUGCUAUCUGUCUUCACCAUUUGGCUGGUGACUGGUGUGCUGGUGUAUCUGGCAGUGGAACGGAUCAUUCAUGAUGACUUCACUAUUGAGGGCACAGUCAUGCUCAUUACUUCUGGCUGUGCUGUACUGGCCAACAUUAUAAUGGCCUUCACUCUGCAUCAGUCAGGUCAUGGCCAUAGUCACGGUGGUCUGAGCGGUGGCCACGGCCACAGUCACGACCAUAGGAAGAAAAACGGCCACAGCAAUUCUAACGCUAAUCAUUAUGACGUUGAGAAGCAUGGGUCUGGUAAAAGACAACAAGCUAAUGCUAGCGUCAGGGCAGCAUUUGUCCAUGUUAUUGGAGACCUUCUACAGAGUGUCAGUGUGCUUGUCAGUGCCCUCGUCAUCUUUUUUAAGCCCGAAUAUAAAAUUGCAGAUCCAAUCUGCACCUUCCUGUUUUCUCUAUUUGUCCUGGGAACCACUAUCACCAUCAUGAGGGACAUUAUUAUUGUCUUAAUGGAAGGUACGCCGGCUGGUGUGAACUAUAAUGAGGUGAGGGAACAACUGCUCAAAGUAAAGGGUGUCAAAGCUGUGCACAACCUUCACAUCUGGGCCUUGACAAUGAACCAGGCUGUGCUCUCUGCUCAUGUGGCUAUAGAUGAUACCGUAGAGCCACAGGCGGUGUUGAGAGAAAUGACCCAGACCUGUUUCACCUCGUACAGUUUCCAUUCAGUAACCAUUCAACUGGAGCAUCAGGCGGACCAAAGGGCUGACUGUAGCCUCUGUCAAGACCCCACAAAGUGAAACACCCAGAGACUCAAAAUCAGGUCUUUUUGGAUUUCAGACACCUCUGUUCUUGUGUGUUUUUUCACUAAUUUGGAUUUAAAGGGAUGGUCACCCAAAAAUGAAAAUUCUGCCAUUAUUUUCUCACCUGUAUGAUUGCUCUUAUUUUUUUAAAUUUACUCAUGAAAGUUGUUCGGACCAAUUGUUCUUCUUUUGUGUUCUGUAAAAGAAAGUAAGUCAUACAGGUUUGGAACGGCAUGAAGG